AUGAGAUGCGUCUCUUUCCUCUCGGCGGCAGCUAUUGCUGCUGCCUUCGUGAUUCCAGACCAGGUUACUUUCGAGUCCCUUUCCAUUGAGAACCAGGAGACCGACCACCCUGCCGAGCAUCCUUUCUGGAACCACGAGCACCGAGCCGAAACCUUUUGGGAAGAUCUUGAAGAGGAGUUUACAAAGGCUGCUGACUCGGCCAAACGCGCAUUUGCAGAGAUCGUUGAUUUUCCACACGACACAGUCGUCAGCUAUGGCGAAGAUUUCCAGGACGCCUUUGCUGGUGAAGCCUGGCUAGACACUGCAGAGUACGAUUUGGACCUAUUCGAAGAGCCUCCUCAUCAUGGCCCACCGCACCAUCCGCCUCACCAUGGCCCUCCUGGCAAGAAGCCUCGCCGCCCGCAUCAUCCUCACCAUCGCCCAAAUCAGACUAUCUGGGAGCUAAUCUCGAAGAGCAAAUAUACGACAAAGCUCAGCGCUGCCGUCAAGGAGUUUCCGGAUCUCGUCGAGCUCCUGAAUAGCACUAAAUCAAACCACACCGUCUUUGCUCCGACAGAUCGAGCAUUCGAAAAGAUCCCCAAGCAUGCUCCAAAGCCACCCAAAGAGUUCUUGGAGAAGCUCCUUACAUACCAUGUCUCGCCUGAAUUCUACCCUGCUCCCCGCAUCCUGGUCAGUCGGACCAUCCCGACCGCUCUGGAAGCCAAGUUCAUCGGAAAGGUUCCCCAGCGGCUUUCAACUCAAGUCUCGUUGAGAGGCCUAACUGUCAACUUCUACUCUCGCAUCGUCGCCAUCGAUAUCUUUGCAACCAACGGUGUCAUCCAUGGCAUCGACAGCAUUCUUCUUCCCCCGCCGAAGGCUGUCGAUAUAAUCUCUGCCCUCCCUGGUGAAUUCAGCACUCUCGACCUCGCUCUGGAGAAGACUGGCCUGUAUCCCGCUUUUAACGACACAUCAAGCCACAAGGGAGGCACCUUGUUUGCACCUUCAAACUUUGCCUUCAAACGACUUGGUCCAAGAAUCAAUGCCUUUCUUUUCAGCAAGUUUGGCCUCAAGUAUCUCAAGGCUCUCAUCUUGUACCAUGCUGGUGACAAUAUCACUCUCUACUCCGAUGCCAUCUACAAGCUCGACGCGGAUGCCAGCUCGCCACCUCAUCACAAGGUGCCCAAAGGAUUCAUUCAUGUGGAUCUUCCAACCGGCCUCGAAGGCAAGAGCUUGAGCAUUGACAUUGCUCGAUUUGGUCGACUGAUCACUAUGAAGAUCAAUGGUUUUAGUCGAGUUGCCGUCCUAGACGGUAUUGCAGCUGAUGGCGUGAUUCACGUUGUUCCUAACGUCCUCAUACCACCCAAGACUCCUGGUGGAAUGGCGGUCGCCGAAGAUAAUAUGGAUCUCGAUGAGUUUAAGUCAAGGCUGGCACCUUUUGUAGAGCCAGAAGAAAGCGAGUGGGCUGAGGAAAACCCUGAGCUAUAA